UGCAAUGUUGCUUGAACUCAACCAGGAAUUUCCAGCGUUCGAUUCCCCCUGGAGAAAAUACACCACUGGCCAACGUUCUCAUUCUCAUCACAUAUGUCCUAGAAUCUGUGCCUUGGAGUUCAGCAAGCUUCUGGGCUCUGAGAGAUAUAUUUGGAGAAUUUAACUUCUUCCUGACAUAUCUUGUGGUAGCAAGUGUACGGUGCAUGCUAAGCUCAAUGAUGGGCUUGUGGAACUUAGUGACCACUAUACGCUUCUCUUACCUUUUUAAUAUUAAUGAUAUCCAGGAAGUUUCUGAUGCAAGUAUCCUGCAGCUGGCGAAAAUGGUCAUUGUUUUGCAUACUUGUGGUACAAUAUUCUUCGAUCUAGCCAUGGACUCGUUUGGAAUCUUUCCGCUUAUAUCUAAGGGUUCCAUUGUGUCUGAAUUUGCAUCUGCGGAGGUGUACUCCUCUCUGACAGAAAUGCCCAGGGCUCAAAACCUCUGCUUAAUGAUCUAUACCUUGCUCUCAGUACUAUACCAGGGAUAUAAAAAUUAACUAAACUGAGGACGAAUUUGAAGAAUUUAUACCAAAUCUCAAAUUUUAGAAACGGCUUAAAUUUGUUUCACGGCUUAAACA